UAGAGAAAGUAUCAAAGUGAGAGACGAAAAAAGGGCAAGUUGUGAGUCAGAGUGAGCAAGAAAGCCAUUGCGAGAAGGCUGUAAGCGGCCCCUAACGUUUGCAUCCUCCGAAUAGCAGCAGCAGCAGCAGCAACUGCGGAGGGUAUCCGGGUAGGUUGGUCGGGUUGGGGAAAAGACUAGGAACUGGCUCUGGUCGGCCAUAGUCGGCCAUAGUAGACAUGGCGGGUGUUAGCUUACGUGAAUGACGGCAAUUGUGAAUAGUAUAAUAAUAAAAAAACUUUAUAAUUGGAUAUUAACAAUAUAUAUAUAAAUAAUAAAAGUGUUCAAUGUGUGUAUCUUAACACGAGAACAAUAAUAUUGGUGUCAUAUGAUUAAUUUAGUAGGUAAAAAUGCAGAAUGUAGCACAAGGAACAUCCUCGGAUAGCCAGAAUAACGAUAGAACGAGUGUUGUACACGACAUUACGUCGUCUACUCCCCAGUCCUCGAACUCUAGCCCCACAAAGUCUGAGACCGAGACCUUUUCGGAACCACAACCACGCUUUAUGACAGACUCAUCUGAGAGUGAAGAGGACAGUAUUUCAGAGCCGGAUAUAUUUCGUGCUUCGCUUGAUCAAUCUACAUUAGAGGAGAGUCAUCAUCACCUGGAGCCAUCAAAGUUUUUAUUAACACCCGAAGAUCCAGAACGGUCUGUUGAUCCAGAGACACAAGCGAGACUGGAGGCACUGCUGGAAGCUGCAGGAAUUGGUAAAUUGUCAUCAAGUGAUGGAAAACAUUUAGCUGACCACGAGGUAUUAAGAAGAUUAACGUCUAGCGUGUCUUGUGCGCUAGACGAAGCUGCUGCAGCAUUAACUAGAAUGCGUAGUGAUAAUCCACGUGGACAGAACGAAAAACGUUCUCUUGUAGAAGCCUGUACUGACGGUGACGUUGGAACUGUUAGAAAAUUAUUAACUGAAGGACGCAGUGUCCACGAAACUACUGAGGAAGGCGAAAGUCUGCUUUCUCUUGCUUGUUCUGCUGGAUAUUAUGAACUAGCGCAGGUACUGUUAGCAAUGAACGCCAACGUUGAAGAUAGAGGUAUCAAAGGAGACUGCACUCCGCUGAUGGAAGCUGCGAGUGCUGGUCACGUUGACAUUGUCAGUUUGCUCAUCGCUCAUGGGGCAGACGUCAAUGCGCAAUCCACUUCCGGUAAUACACCAUUGAUGUACGGAUGUGCUGGUGGCCAUGAGAAUGUAGUGAAGGCAUUACUUGAAGCUGGCGCGAAUGUUGAAGAUCAUAAUGAAAAUGGGCAUACACCGUUGAUGGAAGCAGCAAGUGCUGGCCAUGUGCCAGUAGCUAAAAUCUUAUUGGAACACGGUGCCGGCAUUAAUACUCAUUCGAAUGAAUUUAAAGAAUCGGCAUUAACACUCGCGUGUUACAAAGGUCACCUGGAUAUGGUAAGAUUUUUGUUGGAAGCAGGUGCUGAUCAAGAGCACAAGACCGAUGAAAUGCAUACUGCGCUGAUGGAGGCAUCGAUGGACGGUCAUGUAGAAGUAGCCCGACUGUUGUUGGACUCCGGUGCCCAAGUUAAUAUGCCGACUGAUAGUUUUGAAUCGCCGUUAACACUGGCUGCGUGUGGUGGUCAUGUUGAUUUAGCGAUGCUUUUAAUCGAACGAGGAGCAAACAUCGAGGAAGUUAAUGACGAAGGUUAUACACCAUUGAUGGAAGCUGCACGUGAAGGUCAUGAAGAAAUGGUGGCAUUACUCUUAAGUCAGGGUGCGAAUAUUAAUGCUCAGACUGAAGAGACCCAGGAAACGGCACUCACGUUGGCAUGCUGUGGUGGUUUCCUUGAAGUUGCUGAUUUUUUAAUCAAAGCAGGAGCUGACAUUGAGUUGGGAGCAUCAACGCCUCUCAUGGAAGCUGCUCAAGAAGGUCAUCUGGAUCUUGUACGUUAUCUCCUUGAGUCUGGUGCAGAUGUUCAUGCUCAGACUCAAACCGGUGACACAGCGCUUACCUACGCGUGUGAGAAUGGUCACACGGAUGUUGCAGAUCUUUUACUUCAAUUUGGUGCGGAUUUAGAGCACGAAUCUGAAGGCGGACGAACACCUCUGAUGAAAGCCUGUCGGGCUGGGCAUCUGUGCACCGUGCAAUUUUUAAUAUCUAAAUUGGCCAGUCUCAAUCGUAAUACGACCAACAACGAUCACACGCCGUUGUCACUUGCCUGCGCUGGCGGACACCUUGCGGUUGUCGAGCUAUUGCUUGCCCAGUCUGCCGAUCCAUUCCAUAAACUCAAGGACAACUCAACUAUGCUGAUUGAGGCGGCCAAGGGUGGACACACCAGUGUUGUUCAACUAUUACUUGACUAUCCUCACAGCAUUAUGAUGAAUGCUCAGCAUAAUGCUGCUACCCCUGCCCCUAUGCUGCAACAACAAAUGCAGCAGCAGCAGCCACAACAGCAACAGUUACAGCAACAACAGCAACCACAGCCUUCUCAAGUAAUCCAACCCCAACCUUUGCCUCAACAACAACAACCACAGCAGCAGCAGCAGCAGCAGCAACAAUUGCAACAACAACCAAUAAUUCCCCAGCUACAACCACAAAACCUUAGUCAUCAACAGCAAGUACCGAUGUCUCAUCAACAAGCACCAUCACUUCAACAACCCCAGCAUCAACAGCAACAACAGAGUCCAGAACAAAACCAAAACCAAAAUUUACAACCGAAGCAUAAUAGCCAAAAAUCAUUGCUUCGAAAGAAUCGUUCGGUGACGGUGAUGCCGGACGCAAGUUUAACCUCCGCUGAAGCGCAGCAAGUACGAACUCAGCCUGCAGGUGAAGCUAUCGCUGCAUCGAUGGAUGACACAAAUAUAUUAGAUAAAGGCAGUGGUGUUUUUACCAGUUUAUCAGAACCUAAUAUUGCAUUAAGUUCAACGCCAUUACCUGUUACUGCGUCCACGUCUGCUGAGAGUCGUAAAAACUCGCAACACGAAAAAAUUCUUCAUAAACAACAAAUUCUCGAAGAAUUACAGAGGGUAGAACGCGAACUUCAGAUCAAAGGCGCAGGCCAUUUGUUUUUAGGUACUCCUAAUUUAGAUGAACAAAAAAGACAACUAAAAUCCGGUGAUGGUGCAGAUUCAACUGAUUCACUACUGCCAGGAAUGUCGAAUAUUGAUUUACCAACUCAAUCAGCUACUGCACUUCAUGGGUUGGUUUGCGGUGGCACGACAUCCGAUUUAUCGGGAGGCCUGUUGUCAUAUCAAGAUACCAAUCAGGCACUAGCGUAUUGUCGCGGGUUAUAUCUCGCCAAGCGCUUAUCGUUGGAGGAACGUCUGAGACUAGCCCAAUCCAUGCCUCUGGCUCCUCCUGCAGGGGAUGCAACAUUUCCUACAACGAUGACGAUGGCCAACUUCACGACAACGCCACCGCUGUCAUUGCCAAGGGCUGCUGUCAGUGUACCGGGAAUUACUGGGACAUCACCAGCAGCAGCAGUGUCAACUGGAAUUGGAAUACAAUCACCGCAGAUCACUGGCACUUUGACUCUUCCUCAUCCAAUAACGGCUAGCAGUGACGUCAGUCAAAAUACUGCCAUCAGUGAUCGACCCAAGGCUAAACCUGUCUCUAAGAAAGAGGGUAAAAAUCUUCGUAAGCCCAAUCUUGCUGCUGGCAAGUUCAUUCAACAACAAACACAGCAGCAGCAACAACAACAACAGCAGCAGCAACAACAGCAGCAGCAACAACAACAGCAGCAGCAACAACAGCAACAACAACAACAACAGCAGCAGCAGCAACAACAACAACAAGUAACAUUGGUGGGACUCCAACAGCAAUAUCAAGAAAAACAACGACAGCAUGUAUAUCAGCUGCAACAAGUUCAUGACCUUCAACAACUUCAGCAAUUGAAUCAACAACUUCAGAUGCAGUUGGACCAAGUACAGGUACAGCAGCAGCAGCAUCAUCAUGAUGUACAUCAAUUUCAAGCUGGUGUUCUAAGUGACAGUGGUGCUAUUGUAAUGCCCAGUCAACUAUUGGCUCACCUUCACCCCACUCAGACCCAUCUUGAGCAUCUUCACGAUCAGCAAACAACUCAGCAAAAUAUUCCGGAGCCUUUGGACUCUGAAUUGGCAAGAUUGCAUAGAGACACUGCCUGCCCUUUCUUUGCUGCCGCACCUAAAGCUAAAGCAUUGACUGCUGACAGCACUGUCCUGAAAUUAGAUGACGAAAUGCAGAUACCAAUGGACGAGGUUGCCGAAAUAAUCGAAUCAAUUACCUUCGACGAUGUGCCUAACGGUAACUAUAUGGCUCUUGGUCCAGACGAUCAAGAUGAAUUAGAGCUUAAGAAAUUUGGUAUUUGUGACAAAGACCAAGAGCAGCUCUCAAAAGACCUUGUAUCCAUGGAACAACAUCAGGUAUUGCGUCAAGUUGAGCAGGAUGCCAGCGGCUCUGGAAGACGAUCCAGUGAGAGAUUAACUCGAGAAAAAACUCUAGAUGAUGUUUAUAAGAAAGGUUUUAAACGCGGUUUGCGUAUGGCAGCUGCGCAAAUACGUGGCUCUGAACCACCUUAUGAGGAUCCUGGACUCGAUCCAACAAUUAUAGAUAAUCUAGUGCUGGGUUGGAAUCUAAAUGCAGCUACACGGAACAAGGACAAAAAUGGAGCUAAAGUUAGUGCUGGAACUAGUAGCAGUAGCUCAAGUAGCAGCAUUAGUAGUAGCAGUGCAAGCAGUAAUCAGGUUCAAGUAGCAACGCAGACUCAAGGACUGGCAACGAGUACCGUGACAAGUCUUACGGAACCCGAUAAAAAACAAGUAUAUACCGCAAAUGCCUGUGCUAAAGAGAAAAAAGCUAGGCAUGCUCUUUUAUCACAGCAGCCUUCUCCAUGUCAACAGCAGCAGCAGCAACAACAGCAGCAGCAGCCACCGCAACAACAAACCACUGCUGGUCCGGUAGUAACUGGUCAUGUUCAACAGCAGCAGCAACAACAACAGCAGCAGCAGCAGCAAGUGCAGCAACAAGUUCAACAAAGUUAUCAAUUAGAUCCAGCGAUAAGUGUACCAGUUGGAGCGUAUGCAGGCAGUGUUGUAGUACCUACAGGUGCGCAGGUCACCGCAGAUCCAGCUCCAGGUACUUAUCCACCGGCAAAUCAGAAUCAGCAGUUUGCUUGUAUGGAUGUUGAUUCAGAAACAGACAGCAAUCAUGACACGGCACUAACGCUUGCAUGUGCUGGUGGUCACGAGGAACUUGUUGAAUUUCUACUCAGUCGUGGUGCGGACAUUGAACAUCGUGAUAAAAAAGGUUUUACACCAUUAAUAUUAGCAGCAACUGCUGGACAUCAAAAAGUUGUUGAAAUACUUUUACAUCACAAUGCAGACAUUGAAGCACAGUCUGAACGAACUAAAGAUACACCAUUGUCACUUGCUUGCAGUGGUGGAAGAUUUGAGGUUGUAGAACUAUUACUGUCUCGUAACGCCAACAAAGAACAUCGCAAUGUAUCUGACUAUACACCACUGAGUUUAGCUGCAUCUGGUGGUUAUGUCAAUAUAAUAAAACUUUUGCUGCAGAAUGGUGCUGAAAUAAAUUCACGAACCGGUUCAAAACUUGGAAUAUCUCCACUGAUGCUUGCUGCUAUGAACGGUCAUACUCAGGCAGUUAAAUUACUAUUGGAUAUGGGUAGUGAUAUUAAUGCGCAGAUUGAAACAAAUCGUAAUACUGCUUUAACUCUUGCUUGCUUCCAAGGCAGACAUGAAGUUGUAAGUCUGUUACUUGAUCGUAAAGCAAAUGUUGAGCAUCGAGCGAAAACAGGAUUAACACCAUUAAUGGAAGCCGCCAGUGGUGGUUACGUUGAAGUUGGUCGUGUUUUAUUAACUAAAGGCGCGGAUGUUAAUGCAACUCCUGUACCCUCGUCGCGUGAUACUGCCCUUACUAUUGCCGCCGACAAGGGUCACUGUCGUUUUGUUGAAUUAUUAUUAGCACGUGGUACCCUAGUUGAGGUUAAAAAUAAAAAAGGUAACAGUCCGUUGUGGCUCGCUGCAAAUGGCGGUCAUCUUAAUGUUGUUGAACUUUUACACAAUGCCCAUGCUGACAUUGAUUCACAAGACAAUCGUAAAGUGUCUUGUUUAAUGGCAGCCUUUCGUAAGGGACAUACUAAAGUUGUUAAAUGGAUGGUUGGUCAUGUAACGCAAUUUCCAAGUGAUCAAGAAAUGACAAGGUAUAUUGGUACUGUUAGUGACAAAGAACUAUUGGAAAAGUGUCAAGAGUGUGUUAAAAUAAUACGCGCUGCUAAAGAAACUCAAGCAGCUAAAGCCUAUAAAAAUGCCAGUAUACUUUUGGAAGAACUAGAUAUGGAAAAAACACGUGAAGAAUCAAAGCGUGCGGCAGCAGCACGUAGACGUGAGCGUAAAAAAAAGAAAAAGUUGGAAAAGAAAGAAGAAAAGCGUAAAUUGCAUGAGGAAAAUAAAAAGAAUGAAACAAUUUAUGAGGAUAAAGAGGAUGCGUCAAAAAAAUCGGAAGAUGAGGAUGCCGAUAGAGCUGAUGAAAGCGACAAUGAGGGUGGUGCUGACAGUUGCGAACGUCUGGACAACGUUCCCUCACCAUCCCCAGUAAAUCGCAGCCCUGAUGAUCCUGAUAAAGAAGAGGGUGACAGUGGUAUCGAUGCUAAUAGCCAAGGAAGCUGUAGCAGUAAUGAUGUUAAAGCACGCGAACGAAAGAAAGAUAAGAAAAAGAAGAAGAAUAAUAAUAAUAACAACAGUAAUAUUAAUAAUAGCAACUCAAAUAAUAGUAAUGAUAAAGACAGCUCCCCACAUCGCCCUCAAUCUUCAGUUUUUGCUUCUUCUCCUUCAUCAUCAAAUAUAUCCCAAUCCUCCAUAGUAGCACCUAGUAGUAAACUUCAAACUUGUUCUUCAACUUCAAUUCCUAAUUCAACUUGUGCUCCCGAUAAACGCGCUUCAACUAGUAAUAGUAAUGCCGGAGGUUCGUCAACUUCAAUGGCCACCUCGUCUGGCAACUUACGACAGCCAGUUGCAUCUUCCUCUACUAGUGGUAAUAAUAAUAAUAAUUCCUCCGAGCGUAAGCUCAAAGGACAACUUGUAUUUGAAUCUUCAAGGCAUCCUGCAGAGCGUGAGGACUUUGAGGCAACCGGUAAUGAAAAUUAUGUUUCUGGAAAGGGAAAGAAAUCUAAUAAUAGCAUUAAUAGUAAUCAGUAUGAUAACGAUGGAAUAAACAAUAGUGUUAAAACAUUAAAUUCAACGAGUCCGAAACAGGCUGGUAAACGAGAAGAGGGUUGGAAAGAAGUUGUUCGUAAGGGACAAUCUGAUUCUGAUUCUGGUAGAUUCAUGAAUUCUCCAUGUCGUUCUAAAAAAAUAUCGGUCCCACCAAAUGCUAUUAGUCGUGUUAUUGGUCGAGGUGGUAGUAAUAUUAAUGCUAUUCGCGCUGCGACUGGUGCUCAUAUUGAGGUUGAAAAGCAGAGCAAGUGUCAAGGCGAACGUAUUAUCACGAUCAAAGGUCCAACUGACGCUACUAAACAAGCUCAUACUUUAAUAGCUGCUCUUAUAAAAGAUCCCGACGUAGAUAUCCUUCAGAUGCUGCCAAAGAACAAACUUACGGUGAUUUCUUCAACUUGGGAUAAAUCGACGGCACCAACGAGUGCCACAUCCAAGCCUAAGACGGGACCGGUAAAUAAACCACCAACCACUGUCUCCGGGACCACUAGUUAUGCAACUAAAUCUGGUUAUACUUCAUCGGGAAUAUCCUCUGUCGGUCAGAUAAUGCCCUUAAGGUCAUCGUCAUCAAUUAAAUUAGCCGGUGCAUUUUCAGCGCCUCUAUCACGCGCAACAGCACCACGACUAGUAGCAGCUGCCGAAAAACGUGCUCAUGCCGCGGCAGCAGCAGCAGCAGCAGCUGCUGCAUCUGGACAGGUAUCAUCCUCGUCAUCUAAUACCAGAACAACAAUGUCUUAUACUAGUGCUAUUAUGACCUCGGGACGGGCUACUAAACUUAUAACAACAACUGCACCGCAGACAUUUGCUGCUAAAUUGUCGGAUAUCACUGCCUCGACUCACACAUCAACUUCAAAUGUACAAUUAAAUCAUACAAAUCAGAUUAUUAACAACAGCAGUAAUAAUAAUAAUAACAACAACAACAAUAAUAGUAAUAGUAGUAAUAAACAAAAGUCCUCGUUAUCAUCAAUAUCUCAAUCUCAAAGUUCAGUGAAUAAUGUUAUGUCAUCAACACCCUCGACAUCGCUUAACUUAUCUCAUCAAACCAUGACGAGCACAUCGCCCAAGCACUGCCGUACACUGCCGUCUCUAUCUACUCAAAGUAUAUCAGGACAUUAUAAUAGUAAAACUUACUCAUCGUCUGGCCCUAUGACCAUGCAAUCCUCCACAAUAACAUCUACUGUUGUUUCAAAUGGCUCGGAUAAUAUUGUGUCGUCUACUUCUGUUAAUUCUAUGCGUGUUACACCAUCUCCACCAGUUGUCACGCAAUCAAAUAGUUUUCAACAACAGCAAUCUCAACAGACACAGCGAGAGCAACAGCAGCGAGAACAUCAGCAGCAGCAACAACAUCAACAACAGCGAGAGCAGCAGCAACAGCAACAACACCAGCAACAACAACAUCAACAGCAGCAGCAGCGGGAGCAGCAGCAACAACAACAGCAACGAGAGCAGCAGCAGCAAGCUCAUCACCAUUCGCAUCAACAGCAGCAACAACCCCAACCAAUACGCAGCACGACUCCAGUUAUUUCAGGAAUUAUGGAACAAUCUGGAUCACAUCAAGCUCAACAGCAAACAAGUACACCACUUGAAUACUCUUUGUUCAAUGAUAGUUUUUCAAAGGUUGCUCAACAAUCAGUAUGGGGAAGUCGUGAAAACGAAUCUCAGAAGGGUAUGAAUUUUGCAACAGUUGCUGGUGGUGGUGGAUCUACAAAUACUUCUAGUGCUCCUUCCAAUAAAUUUAUUGACAGUGUACCACCACAAGUUGAUGCUUCAAAGGCACCUGGUUACAGAGGUACAUCGAUGUGUUCACCAGUUUCCAGUAAAACAAGUAAUAGCAGUGUUAUGUCAUCGGGCAACUCAACAAUAGGCAGUGUACAAGGUGUAUCACCAUCUGGUAUUCACAACAGCUUACAGCAACAGCAGCAACAGUAUCAAGCAUCAAUGAAUUAUGGUAUGAAUGAUCAUCAAUUGCCAAGUAAAACAACAAGUUUAGCAGUUGCACGGCCAGUUAUGAAUCAACAGCAGAAUAUCGAACUACAAAACGCUGGUAUUAAUCAAUACAAUAGAGCUGUAUAUGCCAGUGAUCUUGCCUCGCGAAAUCUCAAUGUAAAUCAUCAGCAGCAGCAGCAUCAGCAAUCUCAACGUGAGAUGCAGCAAUCGCAACAGCAACAAUCACAGCAGCAGCAACAGCAAUCUUCCCAGCAACAGCCAACUCCAUCUCAGCAGCAACAAGCUUCUCAGCAGUCUCAGCAGCAGCAACAACAUCAACAGAUGCAAUCACAGCAGCAACAGCAGCAGCAGCAGCACAUGAUGGCAUCAAAUUCACAGCAAAACCUCGAGGUUGGUUUAUUUAAAAACAACUCUGGUGGAUACGACCAUGCAAACGUUAAUUCUAGUUUAUUGAAAAUGGUACCAAAUGACGGGCAAUCGAGUGGUGGGCAUCCGAUGAUGCCAUUUCAUCCACAUAUGCAAAGUUAUGCUCCAUCAAUAAGCCAAUCAGCGAGUGUCAGUACGACUGUGAGUAUGUCAAGAUUAAAUCCACGUGCUCCUGACUUUUCAAGUUCAUUACAUCUCAAUAAUAAACCACAAGUAACGAUGUUCAAUCCACCAACGGGUAUUCAUCCAAAUAUGUUUGCACCGGUACCAGCAGCACCACCAACUGGUAUGCAACCAAACAAUUUAGCAAUGCUUGGUAAUUAUCCUCUGAAUAAAUAUCAGCAACAACAACAACAGCAACAGCAGCAGCAGCAGCAGCAACAACAACAGCAGCAGCAACAACCAACUGGUGGACCAAAUUCACGUGGACCACCACCACCGACUCAUCCAUCAACUAUAUCAUCAAACGGACAAGCAAGAUGGCAAUUCAGCCAUCCGCCACACAGUAAUUAUCCACCGCAUCAAGAUCCAAUGAUGGCACAAAUGGGAUUCCCCAAUCAUUUGGGUAACAUUGGUGCUGCUCAAGUCGGUGGCAUUGAUCUGAUAACUGGAUUAGAGAAUGGAGGUUCGCCGACAAUGUCACCCUCAUCUCCAGGUCAAGUUUCACAAGAGAUGAGUCAAUUAAAAUUAGAAGACCGUAAAGUACCGAGGCCUAUUGGUACUGAAAGAGCAUGGAAAAAUUAUAAUUGUGGUAUGGGACCUGGUGGUGAUGCUGAGCCUCCAGUUAAUUGGAUGUUGAAUGAUAAAUCAGUUGGAUCAUGGAAUAUACCUGGAAUGGAGAGACAACAAAUGUAUCGAACAAAUGCUUCCUAUAAUCGUGUUUCAAACCUUGAUCCAGAUAUCCAGCAGAUUAUGGAUUCAGGUUUUCAGGGGCAUAUGGAAAAUCCACAAGCAUUCCCUAAUGGUACUGCAGCAGCAUUAUCAAUGAUGCCAGGAUUAACAUUAUUUCCAGGGCAGUAUGGAAAUGCGACUGUUUUAUCAGAAAUACCACCACCAAAUGAUACCACUAAAAUGGAUGCGCCAGGAUGGGGGAUGCCUGAUCCGACAGCACAAGAUAAACAUCAUCCGGGAUGGAACAAAUGGACACACUAAUUGCUGUAGCUGAGACCCUAAUUCUCGUUACACGGCUUCUUUUUUUUUCUCAAUACUGCAAAAAAAAAAUCGAAAACAAACCACCAUAAAGAUGCAAGACACUUGGAAUGAAUUAUUACUAUUAAUGAUAAUGAAUAAUAAAAAUUAACAUAACAAAAAAAAAAAACAAAAAACACAAAAAAAAAAACAAAAAAUCUAAAAUGAAAAAAAAAAAACUAGUAGUAGUAGUUGAUGAAACUGGCGUAAGCGUGUUGUUUCUAGACACCACAAUUAAU